AUGCCCAGCCAUGAGGCCUGCUGCGGCACCAUGUUCUGGGUGUACCUCAUGUCCUGCUUCGGGCUCGUCAUGUUCGCCGGCCUCAUGUCGGGCCUCACCCUCGGACUCAUGUCCCUCAGCCUCGUCGACCUCGAGGUGCUCUCCAAGGCCGGCACGCCCAGGGACAAGCGCAACGCCGCCAGGAUCCUCCCCGUCGUGAAGAACCAGCACCUGCUCCUCUGCACGCUCCUCAUCGGCAACUCGCUCGCCAUGGAGGCGCUGCCCAUAUUCCUCGACACGCUCGUGCCGUCCUACGUCGCCAUCCUCAUCUCCGUCACGCUCAUCCUCGCGUUCGGCGAGAUCAUACCGCAAGCCAUCUGCACGCGCUACGGGCUCAGCGUGGGGGCCAAGGCGGCGCCCGUGGUCCGCGUACUGCUCAUCCUCUUCUUCCCCGUCGCCUAUCCGAUCAGUAAGUUGUUGGACUGGCUACUGGGAAAGGGACAUUUUGCACUAAUGAGAAGAGCUGAGCUAAAGACAUUAGUUGAUAUGCACGGCAAUGAGGCUGGAAAAGGUGGAGAGCUGACUCAUGAUGAAACCACUAUCAUUACAGGAGCUCUGGAGCUGACUCAAAAGAUUGCAAAAGAUGCCAUGACUCCUAUAUCCAAAACCUUCUCACUUGACAUAAAUGCUAAGCUGGACUUACACACGAUGGGUAUGAUAAUGACUAGAGGGCAUAGUCGUGUUCCUAUAUACUCUGGGAUUCCAAGCAAUAUUAUCGGCCUUAUAUUGGUAAAAAACUUGAUUACUUGCCGAGCUGAGGAUGAAGUGCCCAUUCGUAAUGUUACUAUCAGAAAAAUUCCAAGGGUGGCUGAUGAUCUUCCUCUCUAUGACAUUCUAAAUGAGUUCCAGAAAGGUCACAGCCACAUGGCUGUGGUAGUUAAACGAACAAAGGAAGCAGGAGCAUCCACUGAAAAGCAAAAGAGCACUACUGCAGAUUAUAAAAUAAACCCCAAAGAUGCUCAUGCUGAUGGCUCAUCCCCUUCUUCUGCUAGCACUGCCGGAAGUCGUAGAAUUAACAUAGAGAAGCAUGGAGACGGGCGCUCAUAUAAUAAGAAAUCAGAAAGGAAGCGGGAAAAUAUUCUUGAUUUUAACACCAAUCCACUUCCAAGCUAUUCAAUGGAUGAGGAGGCAGUCGGAAUAAUCACGAUGGAAGAUGUCAUGGAAGAACUGCUACAGGAAGAAAUCUAUGAUGAAACAGAUGAGUAUGUUGAUGUACAUAACAAGAUCAGGAUAAACAUGUUACCUCCAGGCAAAUCACUGUCACCUACUAUAUCUCCUGGUGGUGGACCCUUAUCUCAGGGGCUUCGAAGGACUCCUAUGGCAUCUCCAUUCUCACCAUACCACCAUGGUAGUUCUGUCUUACGUUCCCCAGCUUCGAACCAUGGUCAGUCACCUGGGAUUUUACCGACAAUACUUUCUCCUGGAAGAUCACCUACUGCACAAACACCUGGGCAAAGUUCACCAAGUGGAAGUCAGGUUUCAAUAAAUUCCAACGGCCAACAUAAAAAGGACGGUGAGAACUAA